GCCGGAAGCGGAAGUCCUCGCGCUUCCGGCGGCGGGCGCUAUGGCUGCUCACGAGGACGUCGCGGCCUUACAGGCCGAGGUGGCCCAGCGCGAGGAGCAGCUGAGCGCCCUGAAGCGGAGGCUGGCCGCGGCGCUGCGGGCCGAGCGAGCAGCGGAGUCGGAGGGCCCGGCCCCGGUGUCGCCGCUCCCGCCCAAGCCCGCCCUGUCGCGAGCCGAGAUCCUGCGCUACAGCCGCCAGCUGGUGCUGCCCGAGCUGGGCGUGCGCGGGCAGCUGCGCCUGGCGGGGGCGUCCGUGCUGGUGGUGGGCUGCGGCGGGCUCGGCUGCCCGCUGGCGCAGUACCUGGCGGCCGCGGGCGUGGGCCGCCUCGGCCUGGUGGACUACGACGUGGUGGAGGUGAGCAACCUGGCCCGCCAGGUGCUGCACGGCGAGGCCCUGGCCGGCCGCGCCAAGGCCUUCUCGGCCGCCGCCUCCCUGCGGCGCCUCAACUCGGCGGUGGAGUGCGUGCCCUACGUGCAGGCCCUGACCCCGGCCACCGCGCUCGACCUCGUCCGCCGCUACGACGUGGUGGCCGACUGCUCCGACAACGUGCCCACCCGCUACCUGGUGAACGACGCCUGUGUGCUGGCCGGCCGGCCCCUCGUCUCCGCCAGCGCCCUGCGCUUCGAGGGCCAGAUCACGGUUUACCACUACGACGGCGGGCCUUGCUACCGCUGCGUGUUCCCGCAGCCGCCCCCGGCGGAGACCGUGACCAACUGCGCGGACGGCGGGGUGCUCGGCGUCGUCACGGGAGUACUGGGUUGCCUGCAGGCCCUGGAAGUGCUCAAGAUCGCGGCGGGUCUGGGUCCCUCGUACAGCGGCAGCCUGUUGCUCUUCGACGCCCUGGGAGGGCGCUUCCGCACGAUUCAGCUGCGGAGGCGCCGGCCCGACUGCGCAGCCUGCGGGGAGCAGCCCACCGUGACCCACCUGCAGGACUACGAGGCCUUCUGCGGCUCCUCGGCCACCGAUAAGUGCCGCUCCUUGCAGUUACUGAGCCCGGAGGAGCGGGUUUCCGUGACCGACUACAAGCGACUCCUGGAUUCCGGGGCCCCCCACCUGUUGCUCGACGUCAGGCCGCAGGUGGAAGUGGACAUCUGUCGUUUGCCUCACGCCCUACACAUCCCUUUGAAACAUUUGGAACGGAGGGAUGCGGAGAGCCUGAAACUCUUAGGAGAAGCCAUCCGGGAAGGGAAGCGGGCCACCCAGGGAGGGGCCACCCUCCCCCUCUAUGUGAUUUGCAAACUGGGAAAUGAUUCUCAGAAAGCUGUGAGGGUCCUGCAGUCCUUAGCCACAGCCCAAGGCUUAGACCCAGUGACAGUGCAGGACGUCGCGGGAGGCCUCAUGACCUGGGCUGCCAAAAUCGACGGCACAUUCCCACAGUACUGAGGCGUCGGGUACACCCCACCAACAAAUCAUACCGGGGAGGAGCCCGAUAGGGUGCAACACUGCCUCUGUCAUAGACUCCUUUUUAUAGGGCACUUUUCGUGUCUCUUGUUUUCUUGCAUUGCCGAGGGCGAAACAUAGGUCUUUGCCAGACAAGCGCUCUACUCCUGAGCUACAUCCUCAGCCCCUCAGUUUGGUUUGGACCCUUUAGAAGGUGUCACGUGACUACCACGAGUGGAUUGUGCUGUUUCUGAGAAUCACCUGUGUUUUUAACAUUUGCGGGACGACUUGAAUGCAUGAAAUAUAAUAUGACCUGAUUUUUGUAUUUUAAGCUGCGGAUGAUUUACCUGUCUUGCUUCCUUUUCUCCACUUCCUGCAGUCAAAAAAUUUCUCUAAAUUGUCCAUUUUAUGUUUGUUUGUUUGUUUCUUGUAGUGUUAGAUAUCCAACCCAGGGUCUCCCAUAGGCUGGGCUGUGUUCUGCUGCUGAACCACAUCCCCAGCUUCUGUGUUGUGCCUGGAAUUAAGAUGUACUAAACAGUCUAACUUUAUUUAUCAUGACGGUAUAACUGUGAGAAAAACU